AUGGCAGCUACCAAGCCCACCCCGUACAAUUUCAUGAUCGAGUCCAAUACCGACGCCCAAUUUCCGGCCGAGAAGGGCCGCUAUCAUCUCUACGUUACCUACUCGUGUCCAUUUGCCUGCCGUGCGCUCUCGGCGCGCAACCUGCUCGGUCUCGAGGACGUUAUAGGUAUAUCUGUGGCGCACCCUAUCUUCCAAAAGACCAAGCCCAAUGACCUUAGCGACGAACACAAGGGCUGGACCUUCGUGGACCCUGCGACGUCGUCCACGAUGGCUGGUGCCAACGGCAAGACGUACCCAUCAGAUGGGUGCGUACCAGACACGGUAAACAACGUGAAGUAUGUGCGCGACCUGUACGAGAAGGUGGAUUUAGCCCCUCGAACGUUUUCGGUGCCCGUUCUCUGGGAUAAGAAAAAGGGCACAAUCGUAUCGGAGGAGUCCACCGGCAUUCUCCGCAAUUUGGACUCUGCUUUCCGUGAACUCGUGCCGUCAGAUGUCCACUUGUAUCCCGAAGAGCUGCGAGCGGAAAUUGACACUGUAAACGACGGUAUUGUUUCUCAGAUUGGCUUGGGGCUUUUCAAGAAAAUGUACGCCCCGACUCCAGGUGCUACUACCGAGGCCGAAGUCAAGAUCUACGACGGGCUAAGCCAGUUAGACGACCUACUAGGAAGGAAGAGAUAUUUGGUCGGCAAUGGCGUGACGGAGGCCGAU